AUGUAUGCUGAUGAUUCGACAAUCCAUACAAGUGCUAGAACAGUUGAGGAACUCAAUAAUAAAUUAACUGAGGAUAUGACAAACGUUCAAGCUUGGUGUACUAACAACAACAUGGUAAUAAAUGACGGUAAAACGAAGGCAAUGAUGAUAACAACAUCUCAGCGCGCAGCCACAUUAAAUUCAAAUCUACGAGUAGAAUUUAACGGUGUCCAGUUAAAGAAUACCAACAAUGAGAAAAUACUUGGGGUUGUUAUGAACGAACAUCUUUCCUGGAAACAGCAGAUUGACAAAGUAGCAAAAUCUCUAAUUAAAGGAAUUCAUCUUCUGAGACAGAUCAAAGAAUAUUUGCCUAUUGGUCACCGAGUAAUUUACUACAAGUGUUUGUUACAACCUCAUGUAGAUUAUUGCUGUACAGUUUGA